CGUCGUUGUGUACGAAUGCUGGGAGUUUUGCGGUGUGUACUACAAAUGUCAUGAAGUGAGCAGUCAUAUCGAUGCAUCGAAGCUUCUCUCUGGAAGGUUGAUGGCACUGUACUUCUUGCUGGGACGAAAAGCUGUGUUGUAGAGCUGUUCUAUUCAGGAGAGCGUAUCAAAUGUGACUCGAAGCUAGCCUGUGGGCAUGUCGAGCGCCAAGAAAUUCGUGGACCCGGAAUGGGAUCUGAUGAUGGAGCAACGCGGGCUGUCGAGAAAGCAGGUUCGCCGGAAGACCGGUUUGAGCAAUUUCUUCGGCCUGAACGCCCAGCAGACGGAUGCAGUGCUGAGAACGAAGACGAUACCGCCAGAAGAAACUGACGUGUCUCCUGUCCUAGUAAAAUUGGGCGCGGGUGAAGUCCUGGAAUUCAGUGCUCUGCCGAAAGCGGAGGCCGACAUAGAUUUGGAAAAUGGCCAGCGGCCUCGCUCGAGCACGUUUACCAGUGGAACGUGGAGUCGUAUGCUCAAGAUGAACAGUAAUACUAGCGGCAGUAAAAUGGACGUAACUCAUAAACCUGGUUCUUCUCCAACCAGUCCCAAGCGAGGAUCUGGAGUAGCGUCCUUGCUCAAGUACAGUUUUCGCAAGGACCGUGACCCGCGCUGUCAGCAGACGCUGCAGCAGCAACAGCCGGAGCUGGAGUCGGGCGUCCAUUCCUGGUUCUCGGACAUGCCGCCCGGUCACGCGGCUGCAGAGGCCGAGCGAGGACGACGGCAGACCGUUUCCGAGGGUGGUCUAUCGGCGCGUGAUCCAGCCACGCGGAUGACACUGGCACCCACCUUCACUCCGCCGCCAACAAGACGGGCGCGUGGCGGAGAAGAAGAGAUCAAGCUGACGCCAGGCAGUAUUUCCAUACCCUCGGCGUUGUCAUGCCAACGUUCAUCCAGCGUUCACGUAAUGUCAUCGUCUUGCGGCAACACCAAGACCCAGGGAGCAGAAUCGCGGACAUUGAGCAAGAGUGUCGCAGCUCUGGCGCGAAAAGCAACACCACCGUAUCCGAAGCAUGGAGCACCGCAUUCGCAAUGCCAACAGCAGGCAUCGCUCUCAGCGCAGUGUUCAAGCAGCAGUACGGCGUCAAGCGUCUCGUCAUCGGCACUUUUCGCUAGACGAGCAAGCCCCGGGCAAGCAGCAGCGCCGGUCUCGUCAUCGACCGCAUGCUCCUCACCUCCACCACUCCCGGCAACUACAGCAGCCGUGUCCUUGUCGUUCCAGAGCAAGCCAGAGACCAGUGGUGGCGGCGGCGGUGCAAGCAGCAGCAGCAGCAGCCUGUCGCAGUCGUGCUGUCGCCUCAGGCAAAAUCUUGCUGAUAUUCGUCAGCAGGACUUUGCCAUUCUCACCACACUGCUGAAACUACGCGGUGAGAUUCGCGACCUGAACUCAGUCAGUGCCUCGUUCGAGAACGACGCAUGCCUUGAGUCGUCCUCGCUCUUCACGAUAUCGUCCGAGGGCAUGGUGACGCGGCAAGCGAGCAACAUGACCGUGACGGGGACCAUCAGCGAUGCGUUCCUGCCAGUCAGCAGCAAUACCAGCAUACACGGUGGGCACGACAAGCUUGUCAUGCCGGGAUUGGCCACGCUGUCUUUAACCGCCGUCACGUCGUCCACUGCCCAGCCGAGUUGUAACGGUAGCUACACCGUCGCUUCUGCUGCCGAUCGCCAAGACAUAGCACAGCAUAGCGAUGAUGACGAUGAUGAUGAUGGUUACAAAUGCGAUCCUGCUGACGAUAAUUUCUUUCAGGAAUGCGGCGACAACGAUUUUGGCGGCGGCUUUGGAAUCAGGCCGCCACCUCACCUGCUCGAGUUUCUCUUGCACUCGGAGCCGCUGAGCUGGACGUCAACAACGAGUGCAGCAGCCGUACCCUCCUCAUGCAGUGGUGGCUCGCAGCGAUCCUCGUGCAGCUCCCUGACGAGCCCAUCGUCCGAGUCCGAGCAGGAUGACUCGCUGUUCGCUCCGUUUGACGACGGCUUGAGCACACCCGAGCGUCGUGUUGAGCAGCAACUGCCCAACUUCCGAGUACAGCUGCUCGGCUCGGAUUCGGAACACACGCUUGUCAACGAGGUGGGAGCAAUAAGCAUGCAGGAGCCUAUCCCGGAGGAGCCUAACCUUGACGGUGACAUGGACUCGGAUACGGCACGAGCCAGUUCGCUCCGAGCUCUUGAUGAGGACAAGCUAGAAGGUCUUGACACCAUGCCGGACACACACACGCUGCUGGCCCGAUCCAGAGCAUCGCUGGUCGAUCGCUGUCAUUCGGCCACUUCGGCACGAGGCUCGCUGGACAUGGGCGAACCGCGCAGCGCUCCGGCGCGUUUCUUCUCUAUGUCUGCGGCCCCACUGCCUGUUAACCAAUCCUUCUCUGCCUACAUCGAUAUUAACCAGGAGGGCCGCAUCAGGACCGGCACAAGCACUACCAGCAUAUCACCGUCGUCGUCAAACUGCGGUAGACAUUCUGGAGAUCGUCAGGUUCCGUGGGAGGAUUCCGACGAUGCCGAGGCGAGCGGUGUCAAUCGUGCGCUGACGCGAGACCGGGCCAAGACAAUAGCGCGACGCCGAGCCCAGCAGAUGCGAGUUUCCGGUCAGACCAUGAACUGUGCCAGCGAAAUGGACAUUACCGCGGAAAUCACCGGGUCCUUAGACCAGUGUUGUGAUGAUGCGGCUGGUGGCGGCGACGGAGAACAAGGGAAGGAGAACCUUGAUGUCACUGGCAGCACUGGUGUGGGAAAGUCUGGCGGAGGCAAUGGCAGCAGCAGCGGUAUUGGGGAUAUGAUUCAGCGUCUCUCUCGCCGCGGCAGCCAGAUGCGAUCAGCCGGCGACAUGAUGCGCCGCUCGACUAGCACACGACUGCCGUCUCUAUCGGGCGGUGGUAAUCCAGACAGCGGACGGCGCAAGAGUGGCGUCAGCACCACCGCCACCCCCAGGCACACGGACGGCGCAGCCGCCACUGCGGACUGUCACAAGAGCAGCACCUUCUCAUACUCGCUGCGCGAGAAACGUGCUCACUCGCCGCACUCUGCUCGCGCCAGCCCCAACUGCGACGAAUCGCUCGAGCACCAGCAGCAUCGGCCCCGCGAGCGGCGCCUGUCCGAUCAGCAGUCCCUGGCACAGCUCGACCUGGUGAAGCCCAGCACGAGGAUGCCCUCUCGCCAGCUGUCCUGUGAAGCUGCUCCCAGCCGAGAGUCCAGUCACACUCGGUCGCCCUCUUUGAGAAUACGGAGUGACAUGCCGCGUAUCCUCAACUAUGGCUCGUUCCGCAGCAAGCUGAAAAGGAAGCAGCCGCCGUCCACUUGAGAACAUGAGUAUUGUAAGUCAUAAUUAUCGUCCGCUUGCCAGAAAUGGCUGCUGCUGCUGCUCCUGGAGCCUGGCGUCUGUUUGAUCUCAACAAAGGCGGCUUUGUUUUGCUGAAGUGUUCCUAACCGUUGCAGCGCCGGUUGGGUCCAUGUCUCCCCUGCCCCGCACCGGCCAUUGAGCAAUGGCGUGUUUGCUGUGCUGGCUACAGCAGCAACCCUUUCUUCACCUAUGAUAAUGCCCGUGAGUGUGUGCGACAGAUGGCAUAGUGAGUGACUGCCAUGAACCAUACUGUGAAGCAGAAAAGGCCACGAGUAUGUUUUGAUCCCGAAUAUUCUGUAUGGCAAUGGGUCUGAAGUGCUAAUGUAACCACAUCAGUCCGCUAACUUCCUUCAUCUGUCAGCUCAGAGAGUACACAGUUUCGGUAGAAUGUUCUAUAUCUAUAUUUCAACUUGAUUGGUCUGAACGGUGUUCCGCUUUCGACCGGAGCACACCUGGAGUGUAUCCACCCGGUGUAUGUGUGUGUGUGUGUGUGUGUGUGUGUGUGUGUGUGUGUGUGUGUGUGUGUGUGUGUACGCCGCCUUCCAUAUCAUCCACGCAGUGGCAUUGUUGAUUCCGUGUGAGCUUGGCAGAGGCAGGCAUACAGCAUACGGUGUGUGUGCCGUACAUGCCUCUCUGGCACUACUGACUUCAUCUUGCAUAGUUAUACACCACCGUAAUCAUAUUAUUUUCUCCAACGCUACAGAGAAGGUACUCGGACUGACUACAGACCACCUCCACACCCCUAUUCUUAUGUCUGCCACUACUUACCCACUUUUUCUACCGCUUUUCUCUAUUUUCUUCUAGUUUUUAGAAAGAGAGAGUUCUGUUUCAUCUGCCUUUCCCCGAAGCAGACUAUACCUGCUUCUGUCUGAAACCGCACGCCUGUGCUCCUUUUUCUUGCUCCUUUUUUCCCGUACUGAGAGGCCCGCUUAGUUUUUGUGCAAUAGUCUCCAGAACAGCGCUGGUUGGAAUUCUUGCCGUGCUUCCAGAAACUCCUGCGCUCCAGCACGCACACGUGCAUUUUUCACCCGUCUACAUUUCUGCCACGUUGAUGCAAUCGCGUGGCUAAUUAUCCGCAAUGUUUCAGCCUAGCCCCUGCUAGGCACACUGUGGCUACAAGUUAGUUUUUUCUUAAUUUUAAUGAUGUUUUUACCAUUAAUUUUUUUUCCGCUCUGCUGGCUCUGAGCAUGUUGGUUAUCAAUGAUAGAAUUCACAACAGUACAUGUAGUACGACAACACUAUUGUAAUUGUUUGUUUGUUUGUUUGUUUGUUUUUCAUCAGGGGGCCCUAUAUGUAUAGGGUUCCUGGGGUUUUAUUUUUUUUAUCACAUCACAUCCCAUAAGUACUUUGGAUCUGUAUGCUCUGGCAGCUUA